AUGGUCGAGAUGCAGCCGGGAAUUUGUAAAAUGGAGUUCGCCAUGGGAUCCCAUGGCCUCUCAUGGCGUGCCGGGUCGACGGAGGUGGAACGGGUCUCGUGCCAAGCGCGUUUGCUCGGGGUCAAACCAGGCUGGAGCAUCAGCAUGAUCGAUGGUGUUCCGAUCGAAACCAGCUACCAAGCAUGGAAUGAGCUCAUGAGAUGCAAGAAGAGCGGCAAGAAGUACCAGGUCUAUUUCACCAAAGAUGAGGCCUCCAUCCGCGACGACCAGGCCAGGGCAGAGGCCGAACGCGCUCGGAAGGCCAAGCAGGAAGAGGAGCGGAAGAAGCGCGAGGAAAUCGAGCGCAAGAUCCGCGAGGAAGCUGAGAAGAAGCGCGCCGACGAGAUCGCCUCUAAGAAGCAGGAGUACUGGGACAAGCAGCAGGCGCAGCAGGAGGCCGAAGUCGCCGAGGGCGUCGCCAAUGAUAAGGCGCCCAUCGAGGCCGCAGUACCCGAGGCCGCAGAGGCGCCAGAGGCGCCAGCGGAGGAAGAGCCACCCGCGGAGGCUGACCGAAAGUCCAGCGACCUGGAGAGGAACGUCGCUGGGCCUUCACCCUCCAAGCAGUCGAAGGGAAAGAAGUCGGUGGUCCUUCAGGAAUUGAUCCAGGAUACGAAGGAGAAAAAUGCCGGCAUGAUCUCCGUGGAUGCAAUGCGAGAUCUGCUGGAUGACCAGAUGGAAGAGAUGCAUGGCCUCUUCGUGGCCCAUUUUCAGAAGAACAAGCGCAUGUUGGAUAAGCUGGAACAGGAUCAGAAGGUGAAAGAGUUUGAGCUGAACACCCUCCGAAACCAGCUGAUGACGCUGGGCAGUCCAAGCAAACAGGUGGGCAGAGGAGCUGGACUGGAUCGAGCACAACUGGAAACUGCCAAAAAGUUGCUGGUGCAGCGUGAUGCUGCAUGUCGCCUGGCCGAGCAGGAGAACUUUCAGCUUCGAGAGCAGCUGGCAGCGAUGCAGGCAGCCGUAAGAGUCUUUCCGCCAGAUCCAGUCUCUCCAUUGCCACCCUCCACGGCUGAUUCGGUGUUGCAUCGCAUCGAGCGAGCACAGACCGUGCUUCAGACAUGGGCCAGCAACCAUCAUCCGAGAAUCAAGCUGGCAGAGUACGUGGAUUCGGACGACGAAGACAUGGACCUGCCCGGAGCAGUACCGACAAACCGGAAAGGUGAAACCAAGGCCCUCCCAGAUGAGAAAGAAGAUGAAGAAGAAGAACCCAUUGAUCCCAAAGCCGAGUACCUCAGACAGAAUCAAAAGCAAAGGAAGAAGAAGGCCUUAAACAGCAAGCUUAAAGCCUUGGAUAUGAAGUCCCGGAUGCGCGAUGCCUUUGCAGAGCCAUCCUACAUUGCCACUGAGCACUAUCACAAGACCGGCUGGGCACAGUACAUUGCGAAAUCCUACUGGUUUGAACAUGGAACUAUGCUGGUGAUUCUGCUGAACUCCGUUUGGUUAGGCAUUGACUCCACCAUCAACAGCCGUGCUCUCUUGUUCGACGCCGGCCCUGGCAUCAUCUUCGUUGAGAACCUGCUGUGCUUGAUCUUUAGUGUGGAGAUUAUCAUCCGUUUCGUGGCCUUCAAGUCAAAGUUGCAGGCCUUCAAGGAUUUCUGGUUUGUCUUCGACUUCCUCUUAGCCUUCUUGAUGGUUCUCGAAACUUGGGUCAUUGCAGUGGCUGCUUGGCAGAGAUCGGCAGAGGGCCGAAGGCUUCAGCUUCAAAUGCCAAUGCCAUGGGUCGGAAUUCAGGUUCUGAUGGUCACCGGCGAGGAUUUAUUCUUGAUCGACACCUCUGUACUCAGGAUGCUGCGGCUUCUCCGCUUGACCCGUGUGGCUCGCAUUGCUCGACUCUUACGUUUCUUGCCCGAAGUCCGGCUCUCAGACCACGGCAACAACGGCCACACUUGUUGCGUAGGUGCUCCUGGGCUUGAUGAUCGUCUACGUUCCAGCCUCAAAUCGAACAUGGUCUUUGCGAUCGCCUUCACACAAGUGGCAGUGGAUACCCCUGCGGGCCAUGCAUAUUUCAGCUCCCUACCGCAGGCCAUGUUCAGCUUGAUCUUCAACGGCUGCUUCAACAACAAUUUGGUGGAAAUGGCACGGCUGUCGUUUCAGGACGACCUGGUCGUCAGCUUUCUGUUUGCAGGCUUUCUGCUCAUCGCGCCUCUCACUGUCAUGAAUCUGCUCCUGGGGGUGUUGGUCGAAGGGGUGCGCGUAGUAGCUACUGCAGAACAGGAGGGCCGUGUCGUGCGCAAUCUGAAAGAGGAGCUUCACUACGCUAAAGAGGCCAUGGGUGCAGAUGACACGACCAUCAGCCAAGAGGUAGAUAUCCAGGAUGUCUUCGUUGAAUGGGAGGUUGAGAGUGACAUCCGGGGUCGUUUUCGUCGCUCUGGACGUAUGUUCAUUCCCACUCCCAGUGGUGAGUUUCCCUGGGUCAACAUCAAGACAGCUGGUCGUCACUUUGAGGUGCUAUUACCAUUAGUGAAGGCCAUGCGCCAGCCUAAUGAUGAGCUGCCCAUCGGGAUGGUUACCAUUUCAGACUUGGAGAGGGAGAUCACUAGCCUUCAUGAGACGGUUCGCCCCGGACAAACGAUUGACAAGACCAUUGUCCAUGGAGAAGCAUGGCUUUGCAAGAAGUUUUGUGUCCUUGUGAAGAGAAAACUUUCACGCGGUCAAUAUUGCCGUGAUCCUCGUUUCCGAGCUUUGCUUCAUGAGCUUUCCCCUCCCGAGGACACCGAAGACCACGAUGGCCGCUCUACUUCGGAUGAUUCUGAUGCCAAUGUUGAUGAUGAUGACAACGAUGAUCAUGCGGGAGGGCCUGUCCAUGUGCCAGCUGAGGAGGCCAUUGUCUUGGAUGAUGAUGAUGAAGUUGACCGAGAGUGCGAUGGACCAAAGGACCCGGCACAGGAGCUUGCCCACCCAAUCGAACCGGUUAUCCCAGAACUUUCCAGUCAGCGCAUGGAUGAGGUUGAUGAAUGCCCUAUGAACGGGGAUGAGGUUUUGACAGGUGAUGGUGAAAUUCCACUGACCCAAGAAGCAGCAAAAAGUCCCCAGCAGGAAGACAAUGAUUCCCAAGAAGAAGAGUCAUGCCCCACUAAUUUGCUGACUUCGUUUGAUGAUGCGGAUAUCAGUGAGGAUGAGGAAGAGAAAGAUGCCCCGCAAAAGCCUGAUUCUGAAACCCAAAAAAAUGAGGACAAACAAGAUGCAAAACACAAACCCGUGACUGAGAAGAAAGGUUGGAAAGAUUUGCCAAAUACCAAGCAGCCCAGCAUCCCCUUCUUAGAGAAAAAACUCGCAGCACUUCGCAGGCAACAAACUGCUUCGUCAGCCAAGAAGUCCGUGCCUUCCAGUUCCUCCUCAAGUUUGAAGGAUGAGGUUGUGGUGGUGAAUGAUUCCUUGCCCUAUGGUGAGGAUAAUGCUGAGACCCAGGAACCUUUGGAUGAUGUUGAAGAUAUCAUGAAUAGACUCAAAGCAGAAGCUCCCCCGAUUGAUGAAGACAUGUCCGAACAUUCAGUCUUGCGCCGUCAGCAGCUUCAUAUCAAGGCCAGCUCGAUGGAUGACGGAGAUGGUGAUGACAAUGCUUUGACGGAUGGCAAGACGGAUGAUGGAGGUAAGAAACCCAAAGGAAAGGGUAAAGGCAAAGGUCGAGGUGGUAAGGGCAAGGGAAAAGGCAAAGGGAAGGUGAAGAAACCUACUUCCACCAAGAAACCAGGCAAAGCAAAGAAGACUGAAAAGGAGCAGUCCCUUGAAGGAAGUGCAGGUUCGGAGCCAACAAAGAAACACAAGAGAAAAUCCAAGGAAGCAGAUGUGGGAAAGGAUGUGAGCGAGGGGAAGGAGACUGAGGAGGGAGGUGAGGCACCCAAAAAACCCAAGAGGGUUAGGAAUCCAGGUGGUUCGGUGACCUUUGCCCGUCGCUACAAACCCAGCUCUUCGUUUGGGGCAGCCAAGUGGGAUGCUAUCCGAAACGCGUUUGUGGCCGAGAUCAAACCACACCUGAGCAAAUUCUCUGAACACGAGGAUCACUUUUGGAUGUUCUGUGGGAAAGAGUGGGAAGGGCAGGAGGUUUCAGAAUCAAAUGUUGAAGCUGCAGCCAUCAGAGUCUGCAUGGCGAGGCGUGGCGAAGCCUGGCGGCGCAGGCUGCGGCUCAACAUUGACCGGGGUGUGGCAGAAAGACGUCGGUCAGGUGCUCCUAAUUUGGUGGUUGCAAAGAUGACCGCCAUGAGAGACCGACCACACCGUGUGGAACGUGCCAUGAAGCAGCUGAUGACUUUAGGUGCACCAAAGGUACUCUUGGCUGCUGUGCUGAUGCUUGCAAUGAGCGACAAUAUUGACUGCUUCAAUGAGGGCUACACUUUUAUCGAGCUGUUCUGUGGACAAGCUUGGACUUCGCGGUGCAUGAGGGUGGAACAGCACUUGGUGGCAUCUCUGGAUAUCACCAGCCCUUUGCUUGGCCCCCCUGUUCCCAAUAAGCAGGAUGCAAUGGACUUGAGCUCUGAUGCUGGUAUGGUUGGCUCUGGCUACCUGCCUGAACAUGGACUUCUCCAAAUGCAUUGUCCUUAUAGGACAGCGUUGCUCAUCUACGUGAUUUGCGCCUUGGGAGGGGUGUUCGUGCUGGAGCAACCCAGUUCUUCAUUGCUGCGGUGGCACCCCCGAAUGCGACAACUAUUCCGGGAUCUCCCAAAGGCAAUGAGAAAAGCGCUUUCGCUGAAAUCAAAGCAGGGUAGCUGUUCGGAGUUGGAAAAGGGCAACAAGAAGCUCAUCGCUUGCAAGAAGGAAGGUGAAGAACCAGGUGAACUUCAAAAGCGGAUCGAGGAAUAUGAGUCCCAGCUACAAGCCCUUCGAGAGGCAGCAGCUGCAGCAGAGACACAAGAAGCAACUCCGGAGGAGAUUGAAGCUUCGAUGGCUCCCAAGAGGGAAAAAACAAAGGCCACUGCUGCAAAGGCAGCUCCAGCCCCUUCUCCCCCGUCGAGAAGAGUGUCUCAGAAGCGGUCUGCCCAACCCGUCCCUCCUGCAGACCAUGAGGUUCGUGGUGCUAAGGCCAAGAAAUCGAACCUGAGUGCAGGAAAUGAGAAGGCAAUUGUGCCUGCGAAACGCACCAAGAAGACCAGUAGUGGGGAUGAUGGCUCUAUUGAGACGUUGAAACAGGCCAAUGCGCAGCUCCAAGCAGAGUUGAAGGAUGCCUUACUACAGCUAAAGAAGCAGCCCUUGAAUUCCCCCCAGGCCACGCCACCGCCCAGGCGUGCAGCAGCAUCCCCACCCGUUCCCACGAGUAGCAUGAGUGCAAGCUCAGGGAAAUCCAAGGGUGUCAACAAGAAGGUGCCAGCAGACACUGGGGAUUCCAGUGAUGGGGAGGACAACCCGAGUGAGGAAGCCCGUCUUCACAGACUGAGGAGGGUUUGCGAACGCAAACCGUCGGGCCGCUUAAACGUCCCAGAACACAUUCACCUACAGUGGCUCCAGGGUGAUCGCACCACACGCCUCAAGAUGCUUGAUGUCUUGGAAACGGCCGGUUGGAACAAGGAGGAAUUUGUGAAGAUGACUGUUUACCGCUCCAAGCAGAAGAAGACUCGCAAGCAGGGAAAGACCAAACGUGGUUGGUUUACCCUGGAAGGCAUGAAGGAAACCUUGAAGUGGUCUAAGAACUACAUCAACAGCGCUGUGAAGUUUUGCGAGAAGAAAGGGAAUGAGCACUUGGUCAAGACAGACCGGUACAACAAGAAACUGAAGAAGUACUACGUGGAAAUCGAGGAGAUGGAUGAAGACAUGGAUGAAGAGGAGGAAAUUGAGCGAGAAGAGGAAACAGAGGCUGGCAAUGGUGCCAUCUUCAAGCACAAGAAGCGUUCCUAUGCCCCAGAGAUGGCCCCCGAGACUGAUGAUGAAUCAGAAGAGGAAGCCGAAGUUGACAACAGCUUUCAGGAGUAUCGCCAGUUCUGCAAGUAUGUGAAUGGCUUGAUUACCAGAAGCACCAAGCUUUCGGAUCUUGCAGUGGAUCUUGAAUCACACACCGGAGAAGUUGAUGGUGGAAGUGCUGUUGGAAAACGUUUGAACAAGUCCAUCACCGGAUUGCAUGAUGCCACAGCAGUCCUGGAGCGAGAGUUCGAGAUCUGUGAAACUUUGAAAGGGGAUACCUCGGCACUUGCAAAUGGGAAGGUGAGUGAGGAAAAGGGAAAGGAGCUGUUGGGAAAGAUCGACGAGCAAAUCAAGAAAACCAAUGUUGCGUGUGCAAAGAUUACCGCAGCGGAAAAGGUGGCGAAGAAUGUGCUGCGCAGCCUGAAAGCUGAUCAGUGAUCGAAUGAUGCCUGGAAUGAUAUACAUGCCCAGCUGAAUGUGUUACCUUGACACGUCAAAGCUGCUGUCAGGAUGCCAUGAUGUUUCAACGUAUAUUUUGUUUGCAAUGUACUUGCCUGUACUUUGCUUUGGGGUUGGUCGCAAAACAUGUUGCGACCCUGUGUCAACUCUUGGCACUUGGAAACAUGUGCAUAGCACGUGAGUGAUGUCACAAUAGAAAUUACCAGAGGGAUAUUCCGUGGACAAAAAAA